AUGAAAACCAGCCCCCAUCGGCCACUGAUUCUCAAAAGACGGAGGCCACCCUUACCUGUUCAAAAUGCCCCAGGUGAAACAUCAGAGGACGAGCCUAAAAGGCCCUCUGUCCAACAAGAGCCUGGUGAUGCACAGGCCUCCAAUGAGGUGGCAGAGUCCACAUCUUGCAAGUUUCCAGUUGGGAUCAAGAUUAUAAACCACCCCACUAUGCCCAACACCCAAGUGGUGGCCAUCCCCAACAAUGCCAAUAUCCAGAGCAUCAUCACAGCAUUGACAGCCAAAGGCAAGGAGAGUGGCAGCAAUGGGCCCAACAAAUUCAUCCUCAUUAGCUGUGGGGGAGCCCCCACUCACCCUCCAGAACCCCAACCUGAAGCCCAAACCAGCAAUGAUUCCAAGAGGACAGAAGGGAUCACCAAGACCCUGGGACCAAAACCUGCAACUACGGAUGUGAAUCUUCCUAAACCACCUGGAGCUCUUCUCGGGCAGAGAUGGGAGAACUGUGCUGGCGGUGAGGCAGCAGGCUGCACUCUUAACACCAGCCUGACCAACAUCCAGUGGCUUGGGAAGAUGAGUUCUGAUGGCCUGGGCUCCUGCAGCAUCAAGCAAGAGAUGGAAGGAAAGGAAAAUCAGCACUUGGAGCCGAGUCGGGUUAAGGUUGAGGAGCCCCCAAGAGGAUCAACAUCCUGGCAGGACUCCGUGUCUGAGCGGCCGCCGUACUCUUACAUGGCCAUGAUACAAUUCGCCAUCAACAGUACCGAGAGGAAGCGCAUGACCUUGAAAGACAUCUACACGUGGAUCGAGGACCACUUCCCCUAUUUUAAGCAUAUGGCAAAGCCAGGCUGGAAGAAUUCCAUCCGCCAUAACCUUUCUCUUCAUGACAUGUUUGUUCGAGAGACAUCUGCCAAUGGCAAGGUCUCCUUCUGGACCAUUCACCCCAGUGCCAAUCGUUACUUGACCUUGGACCAGGUGUUUAAGCCACUGGACCCAGGGUCUCCACAAUCACCCGAGCACUUGGAAUCACAGCAGAAACGACCCAAUCCUGAGCUCCGCCGGAAUGUGACCAUCAAAACUGCACUCCCACUGGGCGCACGGCGGAAGAUGAAGCCAUUGCUGCCCCGGGUCAGCUCAUACCUGGUACCCAUUCGGUUCCCAGUAAACCAGCCACUGGUGUUACAGCCCUCAGUAAAGGUGCCAUUGCCCCUGGCAGCUUCACUCAUGAGCUCAGAGCUUGCCCGCCACAGCAAGCGGGUCCGUAUUGCCCCCAAGGUGCCACUAGCUGAUGAGGGGGUCGCCCCUCUGCCCACUGCAGGGCCAGUGAAAGAGGAGAAACUCCUGCUUGGAGAAGGGCUGUCUCCUCUGCUUCCAGUUCAGUCCAUCAAGAAAGAAACACAGCCGGGGGAGGAAAUGCCGCACUUAGGGAGGCCCAUCAAGGUGGAGAGCCCGCCCCUGAUAGAGUGGCCCUCGCCGUGCCCAUCGGUCAAAGAGGAGCUGUCUCAGUCCUGGGAGGAGGACUCCCCUCACUCUCCCACUCCGAGGUCCAAGAAGUCCUACAGUGGACUCAGGUCCCCAACCCGGUGUGUGUCUGAAAUGCUCGUGAUUAAACGAAGGGAGGGGAGGGAGAUGAGCCGCUCUCGAAGGAAACAGCACCUGCUGCCUCCCUGUGUGGAUGAGCCCGAGCUGCUCUUCUCGGAGGCCCCUGGGACUUCAAGACCAGCCACGGAGCUCCCUCUCCCCUCAGAGCCCUCUGUGCCUGCCCCCCAGCUUGGCUACUCCCAGGAGGAGGGAGGACCUUUUAAGACACCCGUUAAGGAGACGCUGCCCAUCUCCUCUACCCCGAGCAAAUCUGUCCUCCCCUUGAGCCCCGAAUCCUGGAGGCUUACACCCCCAGCCAAAGUUGGGGGGUUAGAGUUCAGCCCAGUACGAACCCCUGAGGGUGCCUUUGGCCCCCUACCUGACUCCCUGGGCCUGCCAGAUUUCAGUACCACCCCACUGAAAAGUAUCCCCCUCUUUGAUUCACCCCAAGAACUCCUCAAUCCUGAGCCCUUUGACCUCAACUCUGACCCCUUUAGUAGCUGUUCCCUCUCAGAAAUGGAAGUCCCCAAGCCAGGCUACCCCAUGGUCGGGGAGCAACAAGUCGCCAGCCUUCCAGCCAACCGUUCCCUGACAGAAGGCCUGGUUCUGGACACAAUGAAUGACAGCCUGAGCAAGAUUCUGCUGGACAUUAGCUUCCCUGGCCUGGAGGAGGACCUGCUGGGCCCUGACAACAUCAACUGGGCUCAGCUCAUGCCUGAGCUGCGGUAG